CUUUAUAGAUGAGUCUGAGGCCCAGGGAGAGGGAGUGGCUGGCUCAAGACCACACAGCAGGGAACGGUAUGGCUCUCCACAAAGUGCCAAGGCCCUCCUCUUCUGACUUUUAAAAGUCUCUCCACUUCCUUUACCACCAUCAGAAGAGACCUGACUGCCAGGAUAUUGCCCUGCUGCUGCCCUGAUCUGUUAUAAGUGAGCCCAAGGAAGAGCCAGUUUCUGAGCAUCUUUCAUGUGGUUUGCCUGGUGCUCAGGACAUUAGUUUAAUCCUCCCUGCACUCCUAUCAACAUGGCAUUAUGACCCCAUCUUACAGGUAAGAAAACCAGGACUCAGACUGGUUAAGUGGCUUGCCUGAGGUUACACUCUUAGUAGGAAGUGCAGUUGACAUUAAACCCAGACCCUUCUGGUGGCACAGUCAUAGCCUUUCCAUCUCAUCCCCUCAAAGGUUUUCUACUGUUGUCCCAGUGGGGGAGCCUGGAGCUUGUGAACUUGCCUGCAAGGUUUACCUUCUCCAGCAACUGGGGCAGGUCACUGGACAUCUGGGUGGGAAAGGGAGCGUCACUGCCUUGGACAAAGGCUUUGGAGGUGAGGUAGGGGAGUUCUGAUUCCCUGGGGGAUCAGAGAAAGUGAGCCAGGUUAAGAUUAGUAACAGGAGUACAUUGUGCUUUACAGCCCCAAGGCACCUUUAUACCCCGUCCUUGUGUGGUGGGUAGGGAAGGCUUCAGAGGUUCAAUAGUAAUAAUCUCUAACGUGCUCACCACACUUACCAUGCUGAGUGCUGUAGGGUCUUUUCUCAUUGACUCACUGACCACUAACAGUAGCCUUAGGAAGGUUGGCCCCUAUUGCAGAUCAAGAAGCAGGCAUAAAGAGGUUAAGCAAAUUGCUCCAGGGCACACAGGGACUAAAUGGUGAAGUCAGGACUUGGAAGACCUCCAGUGUGUCUUCUCUCAGCUCUGUUACUUAGAAAGUGCCAAGGGCACUUGUAGGGUGACGGAUCUGUUCAUGAUCUCCGUUGUGGCGAUGGUUUCACAGGUGCAUACAUGUUAAAACUGAUCAGACUGUACACUUUGAACAUGUGCAGAUUAUUGUGUGUCAGUGAUACCUCAAUAAAGCUGUGAAAGAAAAGAAAAGCAUUUCCCACCAACCGUUCCUUCAGAGGCUCAAAGUUCCAGAGAGAAGCCACUUGGCCAUCUUCCUGCUUUGGGGCAGGGGACAAGGAUGGCCAAACUGCACGUGGCCACGAGUGCAUCUCAGCGCUCCUAGGCUGAGGCUGGGCUGGCAGCCAUGGGGCUGGGUUGGCCCCAGGCCUGGCUGUUGGACUUGCCCACAGCUGUGGUCUAUGGCUCCCUGACCCUCUUCAUCACCGUUUUGCACAACGUGUUCCUGCUUUACUAUGUGGACACCUUUGUCUCAGUGUACAAGAUCAGCAAAGCUGCCUUCUGGGUCGGAGAGACGGUGUUUCUCCUGUGGAACAGCCUCAACGACCCCCUCUUCGGCUGGCUGAGUGACCGUCAUUUCCUCAGCUCCCAGCCCCGGUCAGGCCCUGGGCUCUCCUCGAGGGCCGUGGUGCUGGCACGGGUGCGGGCACUUGGCUGGCAUGGGCCGCUGCUGGCGCUGUCAUUCCUGGUGUUCUGGGUGCCCUGGGCCCCAGCAGGCCUGCAGUUCCUGCUGUGCCUGUGCCUCUAUGAUAGCUUCCUGACGCUCGUGGACCUGCACCAUCACGCCUUGCUGGCUGACCUGGCCCUCUCAGCCCACGACCGCACCCACCUCAACUUCUACUGCUCCCUCUUCAGUGCUGCUGGCUCCCUCUCUGUCUUUGCCUCCUACGCCUUCUGGAACAAGGAGGACUUCUCCUCCUUCCGUGCCUUCUGCGUGGCACUGGCUGCUGGCUCUGCGCUAGGCUUUGUGGGGGCCACACGGCUCCUGAGGCGGCGGGUAGAGGCGGCCGGUAGGGAGCCAGGGUGUCCAGACCUGGCUGCGGAUAGCGGCCUGUGUGGAGAGGAGGCGGGCAACAUCACCUUGGGCCAGUACCUCUGGCAGCUGGCGCAUCACCGGAACUUCCUGUGGUUCGUGGUCAUGGACCUGGUGCAGGUCUUCCACUGCCACUUCAACAGCAACUUCUUCCCCCUCUUCCUGGAGCACCUGUUGUCAGACCACAUCUCCCUCUCCACCGGCUCCUUCCUGCUGGGCAUCUCCUAUGUCGCCCCCCAUCUCAACAACCUCUACUUCCUGCCCCUGUGCCGGCGCUGGGGCGUCUACACCGUGGUGCGGGGGCUCUUCCUGCUUAAGCUGGGCCUGAGCCUGCUCAUGCUUCUGGCCGGCCCCGACCGCCCUGGCCUGCUCUGCCUCUUCAUUGCCAGCAACCGUGUCUUCACGGAGGGCACCUGUAAGCUAUUGACCUUGGUGGUCACUGACCUGGUGGAUGAGGACCUGGUGCUGAACCGCCGCAAGCAGGCGGCCUCGGCGCUUCUCUUCGGCAUGGUGGCCCUGGUGACCAAGCCAGGCCAAACCUUGGCCCCACUGCUGGGCACCUGGCUGCUGUGCUUCUACACAGGUCAUGAUCUCUUCCAGCAGUCCCCACUGACCCCUGUGGGGAGGGCCCAACCCUGGCCAGAACCCCCGGCCCCACCCCCGGUUCAGGCCCCUACACUCCGCCAGGGCUGCUUCUACCUGCUGGUGCUGGUGCCCAUCACCUGUGCUCUGCUGCAACUGUUCACCUGGUCCAAGUUCACGCUGCAUGGGAGACGCCUGCGCAUGGUCAAAGCCCAACGCCAGAAUCUGUCACAAGUCCAAACCCUUGACAUUAAGACAGUGUGAGAGGUGCAACAAGGCCACUCUGGUGAGGACAGUGCCCACAGCUCUGGGCAGGAGCCACUUUUGCCAGCCUGGUGUCCUGCUCCCCUGCCUUCAUUGGGUGCAGCCUCGAGAUCAAAGGGCAGAACGGGAGCUCCUGGGUCUGAGCCAGGAGAGUCAUUGGGUCUGAAAUCGUGCUUGGCUACCUGGCCCAGCUUGGGCAAGAGCUGGGCCAAAUUUGCUCAGGGACCUGCUUGCCCCAUGGGCAGGAGUAAGAAAAGGACCAAGAAGGGAUGGGAAUGCCCUGUGGUCACAUGGGGUUGCCACAGGGCACAGAGGCCUAUCCCCCCUGCCUGGGGCUGGGGCUUCAUGUGCGCUCAGGAACCACUUUUGAUACUGCCUUUCAUCCAGUCAGGGGUGCUGACUGGGAGUCCCACCCACUCCGUCCCUCCACCCUUCCAGUGGUGUCUGCCAUCUCUGCUUCAGUUGUGCCUGAAGUAGCAUGCUCCCGCUGCUGCAGGGCUUCUCCACGCCCACCUGGCCUCCUAAGAGGUUCAGCUCAUCAAACGGAUUAAAGUCAUUCUGUUCCCAUUC